CUUUCCUUGACUUUGUAUAUAAAACGUUCAAUGUGUGUUCACCUAUACAAAAUAUAUUUCCUAACGCUACGUUAAUUUAUUGAAACGUCAUUUUGUAAAAAAUGGAUAUUUUAAAAUCACCCCUAAAAAAUGGUGUAGAUACUACCAUUGGGUUUGUAAUUUGUACCAUGGCUGGUUAUUGUAUAUAUAAAUUAAUAAUGUAUCGAAUAGAUAAAAAAUCUGUAUCAGAUGAUAAUUGUAUUGCAUAUUCAGAGUUCGAUGAUAAUCAAGAUUGUAAAUUAGUAUUAGUUGUAAGAAGUGAUUUAAAAAUGGGUAAAGGAAAAGUUGUGGCUCAAUGUGCACAUGCGGCUGUAGCAGCUUAUAAAAUUGCUCAAAAGUAUCCACCUAUUUUAAAAGCUUGGGAAAAUUCUGGUCAAGUAAAAGUCACUGUCAAGGUAAAUAAUGAAGAUGAACUAAGAGCAGUAGCAAAAGCAGCCAGAGAUGCUGGUCUAAUAACAAAUGUAAUACAAGAUGCAGGACGCACACAAGUAGCUCCAGGAAGUAGAACUGUAUGUGGAGUGGGCCCUGGGCCAGCGCAUUUGGUAAACUUAGUAACUGGGUGUUUGAAACUUUAUUAGCAUUCUUUAAAAAAAUUGUACAUUUUUUUUAUUAUUGAAAUGAAUUUAUAUUAAAAUAUUCCUUUCCAAUCUUUGGAAGGUUUGAUCAUUAAUAAUUUAAAUAAAUUUCUAUAACAAAAUUUAUUUAUAUAAAAUACUGUAAAAAAAAAUGUAAAGCAUAAAAUAGCUUAACUCUUCCAUAAUACACAAUUGUUGAUUGAGAACAAUUUUACAUAAAAAAAGAAAAAAAAAAAAAAAGAAAAAAAAAAUAAAAAAAAAAAAUAAAAAAAAAAAAAAAAAAAAAAAAAAUAGGAAAAAAAGAAAAAGAAAAAAAAAUACACAAUUGAGUGGAAUAAUUCUAACUAAAAGAACAAAAUUAAGAUAUAUGCAUUAUAUAUAAAUUACUGGGAAAUGCAAUACUGUAUAUUGAAACACGAUGAAUGAAUCAAGGUAUAUAAAUGAAUAAAUUGUUUUUAGAAACGA